UUACGUGUCUCUAUCCAAAUCAAAUUUGCUUCACUUUCCAAUUCUGUUCUAACUUCAUAUAUCUUUCGACUCUCACAUCUAAUAACAGCCUUUAUAUAGUCUUGAUAUCGUUAGCCUCGGUAAUUUUGACAGUCCUGUUAGUCUUAAUAGCUCCUAGUCCAAAAUGACGCAAAAUAUCAAGUCCUCUUGAGAGCCUUCCUCGAUAAAGUCUUGAUAAAAAAGGUUUUCGAUAGUCUCCCAUAAAUGAGUUAGAAAGGAUCGUGAAUUAAUCUGAAUAAUUCUGGUUAGACUUCUCAGGAAAUAAGCGGUAAGCCGGUUGAAAUCGUGAAUCAGCAAUGGCGUCGACUCGUUCCGAGCAGCAAAACGCGUAAUGGGACAGGUAAAAACCUCCUCGGUUUUUAGCGAUAACAUUUAUGUCCGUGGUUGAUUUUUGCGCGACUGGUGCACGUGGUAAGCAAUUGGCCUCGACUUGGCAACAAGCGACGACCUUCUGGCAUAGCGGACGAGCACGCUUCUGCACGAACGUGGACGAAAGACGCGUUUGUCGAGCGAAAUGUCCACGGAAGAGGGGAGAAGGGGGACAUCGCCAACCGGAAAUGCAGCUCGUCCGAGCAAAAGAAGAAAGUGUCGGGAGGAAAAGAUUGCGACAGUGUCUGCGGAUCGAUUCGCGACGCGACACCUGUCUCGCACCCUGACCAAGUAAGUGCGUUUCUUUCCUCGCGAGUAAACGUUUAGGGGAUUUGAAUCCUGUCUUGUCAUCCGGUUAGUGGGAACGAGUUUAAUAACGCGUUCACGCGGUUUAGGUAAGUUUAGGUCGAAUCCUUCUUGUUAGGGAAACUGCAUUUUUACCAUAAAUCAGAUCAAUGUAAAUCGAUCAUGAGGCACUCAGUAACUGUAGAGCAUUAUCGACGUACACAAUAACAAAGGGAUUACAAUGCUGACGUUUGAUUACCUGUUGCAUCACACCUGUUGCUAUACUUGAACCACGUGACCGGUGGCCAUGAAGAGAUUUUCUCGAUUGUCCUGGUGCAGGUGGUGUAUCGAUCGUACGGUCAGUCGAUGUCUACCGAAAGCAACUAAACAAUACACCACAAUAAUUCGAUACUUCGAUGUACACGUGCGCAUGAAAUCAUAGGGGUGACGCACCGCGUUCAUAAACAUAACGUGUUUUCGUAUCUGCGAGCAGGUGUUAGGAUGUCGUGGCUUCCGUUAAACCUUGAAUGAGAAUCGGUAGUUGAAACUUUCAUAAUUUCAAAGUCGGGCGUUACAAAAAAAUGUCCAAAUUUUAUAUUCGUGAAUUUAAAAAUCCCUCGGUCAAAAGUUCGGGCGUUCAGGUUAUCUCCGAAGCCCUAAAACGGUGAAUGAGAACCCAGAGUACCCACAGGACGGAUAAAGGGAAGCGGGCAGGGGAUAGAUAUCCAAUCUUUGCCCGUCGGUAUCUAGUUUUCUAGUUCAAAGUUAGGGUUACUUAUCGGCGCAUGCAGGCAACGCAGAAUUUACAAGCGAUAUCGCCUUCGUGAGCGACAGUUAUUCCCGUUCCUUUUUUCCAGGCUGUCACAUAUGCUGGUAUAGCUGUCGGUCCAACUGUUGGCCACUUGUCAAGAUACCGCGAACGAUUUUCAAAGCACACACCCGGAAGAGGGUUCCAACGGGGUCUCGGAGCGUGGUCGCAGAAAGAUGCACGACUCUCCCGAGAGGAAUCUCCCGAUCUCAUUGUUCGUGAGCAGCAGGCCAGAAAGCGGUGCUUCCGGUUUCAAGUUGGCUCGUACACGACGGACAGGCCUGGUUGCAUCCCGACCAACGUUCAGACACGUUCCUGAACCGAUGAAACUGGAGAAGCUCGGCCAAAAGGGAUCAAAAGAAACAGGUACAGGAACAUUCGGAAGAGUCGUGCUAUGCAGGCAUCAAGGUACGCCAAUGGCCCUAAAGAUUCUUUCGAUGGUGGACGUGAUCAGGCUGAAACAAGUGGAACACGUGCGAAAUGAGAUCACCGUCCUGAAAGAAGUCAAGCAUCCCUUUAUUGUAAACAUGCUCUGGAGUGGAAGGGACGAGGCCAGGGUGUACAUGUUGCUGGAAUUCGUUGCGGGUGGAGAGCUCUUCUCCUAUUUAAGAGCAGCUGGCCGAUUUUCCGGGCCCACCAGCUGCUUCUACGCGGCCGAAAUUGUCUGCGCCUUAGAAUACCUCCACAGCAAGCACAUCGUCUACAGAGACCUGAAGCCUGAGAACCUUUUGUUAGACAGCCAGGGCCACCUGAAAAUCACCGACUUUGGUUUCUCCAAGAAACUCACCGACAGAACAUGGACUCUGUGCGGAACACCCGAGUAUUUGGCACCAGAAAUAAUUCAGAGCAAAGGACACAAUAAAGCCGUUGACUGGUGGGCAUUGGGCGUACUGAUCUACGAAAUGUUGGCCGGUUUUCCGCCAUUUUUCGACGACAAUCCUUUUGGCAUCUACGAGAAGAUACUGAGUGGAAGGAUCGAGUGGCCAAAACACAUGGAUCCGAUCGCCAAGGAUCUAAUUAAGAAGCUGCUGGUCGCCGACAGAACCAAGAGGCUGGGGAACAUGAGGCAGGGGGCUGAGGAUGUCAAGAGACACCGUUGGUUCAAAUUAGUCGAGUGGACAAUGGUACCUCAAAGAGCUCUAAAUCCACCGAUACAACCACGAGUGAAGGCACCAGGUGACCCGAGUUGUUUCGACGAUUACCCCGAAACGGACUGGCGUUCUCAACCCCCUCUGCCACCGGAACAACUGGCCCUGUUUCAAGAUUUUUAAAAGGAAGACAUGGUUCAACGAUCGUGUCCAGAUUCUCGCCGACGUAAACUCGUUUUGAGAAACUUACGUAUCCAGAUUAGGAUAACAAACGAUCGUUGAGAGGUUGGUUUCAACAACCACCAGUGUACAGAAACGUGCUUUGAACAUCGCCUACUUCUUCCUCUCUUUCUCUCAUUUUGUACAUAGCUGUCUUUUUGUAUUUUGUUGCUCGUUUAUUUAUUAAUACCGAUUGCGUAGAAUAGUAUUUGUUCGUUGUUUUACUGUAAAUAGUUAAGCGAAAGCGAAGGAUAGAAGGAUUUCAUCGGAUGACGAUUGUGAUGAAAUGUUUGUAUGUUCCUUCUCACGUACAAGUGAUAAAACGUUGAUAGAGACUAUUAUAAUUUUAUAAGAAGAAAGCAGAA